GUACUAAUCCCAUUUGCUGUAAUUACCAUUUUACCCUCCUCACCCCUUCAUAAAAAAAUCUCUCUGAAACUUCAGCGACGCACAAAAAGUAACCUAAAAAAGUCCUCUGUUACUCUACCUGGAGAGCCCACCAAUUUCGGCAAAUGGCGACGACGGUCCCCGACAACCUAAGCCGCGAGCAAUACGUUUAUUUAGCCAAGCUAGCCGAACAAGCUGAACGCUACGAGGAGAUGGUCCAGUUUAUGCAAAAGCUGGUCCUCGGCUCAACUCCAGCUGCCGAACUAACCGUCGAGGAACGGAACCUUCUGUCGGUCGCCUACAAAAACGUGAUCGGCUCUCUACGCGCUGCGUGGCGAAUCGUUUCUUCCAUUGAGCAGAAAGAAGAAGGUCGGAAGAACGAGGAACAUGUCGUGCUCGUUAAGGAGUAUAGAUCGAAGAUCGAAGCUGAGUUGUCGGAUGUUUGCGCUAGUAUCUUGACUUUGUUGGAAUCAAAUCUGAUUCCAUCUGCGGCCGUGAGUGAGUCCAAGGUUUUCUAUCUGAAGAUGAAAGGAGAUUAUCAUCGGUAUUUAGCGGAGUUUAAGGUUGGUGAUGAGAGGAAAGCUGCUGCUGAGGAUACUAUGCUGUCUUACAAGGCUGCUCAGGAUAUUGCGCUGGCGGAUCUAGCACCAACGCACCCCAUCAGGCUGGGGCUAGCGCUGAAUUUCUCGGUGUUCUACUAUGAGAUUCUCAAUCAGUCUGAUAAGGCAUGUAGCAUGGCUAAGCAGGCAUUUGAGGAAGCCAUUGCUGAGCUUGACACACUUGGAGAAGAGUCAUACAAGGACAGCACUCUCAUUAUGCAACUCCUAAGGGAUAACCUUACUCUCUGGACUUCAGAUGUGCAGGACCAGUUAGAUGAGCCGUAGAAGGUGUUGUAACCUGUAUUUGUCCUAUUCUUCUUCUGGAGGAGGUGGGCUUGGAAUGUCAUUUUGUUUAUGCUGAUUAAAGUGUGUAAUUGAAAAAUGGGAAGCAACCCAUGGCAUGAUGUUGCUAUACUCCCCGACUAAACUUGUUUUUGGAAUUUGGAAGUGGCUUGGAUAGGUAGCAUUUGGCAAUAGUUAUAUUUACCUUACAGUUGCAGUCUACUGCGACACUUGCUUUUCAAAAUGGCAAAAUUUUACUGUGGCAGAAUUUGCAUUAGCAAGUAGGUUUGAAAAGGGCCGUAAAGGGAUUAAAAACAGAAAGAAGGGUAGAAUAGAAAACCAAUGCCAUGAAACCUUAGCCUUUCUAUUCCAUUUUUUGUCCCAUUGUUAUCC